AUGCUCCUAUCAAACCAAGACCUCGCUCAGUUUAUGAUCAGUUCAGGCUUUAAUCUUCGCAGUGUUUCGUUCCAAUCGUGCAAGAAGAACCCAUCGAAGAGAUCGGGCAAGUACUUAAUACAGCCUACUGAAAACGAUGAGCCAUUCAUAGGAUAUUGCGAACAGACUAGUUUCGGAGGUGGAUGGCUUGUGUUUCAGUAUCGGUUUAACGGAUCGCUAGAUUAUUACCGCGACUGGGUCGAGUAUCGAGAUGGGUUUGGCAGUGUGGAUGGAGAAAUUUGGCUCGGCUUGGAGAAGUUGCACAAGAUUACUUCGGCACGAGAUCAUGAGCUGCUGGUGGAGCUGAAAGACUUCGAAGGAAACUACAAGUACGCACGGUAUGAUGAGUUCGAGAUCGGCAGUGAGGGAGCACAUUAUCAGUUAAACAAGCUGGGAAAGUUCACAGGAACGACAAGAGACUCAUUCACUUACCAUAAGGGUAUGAAAUUUUCGACUAAAGAUCGAGGCAAUGAUGAAAGUAGAAGCAAAAACUGUGCUGAGAAUUUUCAGGGAGCAUGGUGGUAUGGAAAUUGUUAUGAUUCAAAUCUAAAUGGUGUUUAUAUGAAUAGUACAGAUGCAAAAUCUAUGAACUGGUAUGACAACAAAUUAGCCUAUAUGGGUUUAGCGUACUCAAGAAUGUUGAUUCGCGAAAAGUAACGUAGUUUACAUCAAUAAAGUAAAAUACACAUGCCUCCAUACAGCGAUUAGGAUGAUUCCAUCAAUUUAGUAUGCAGAUGGAAAGAGUUUUGUAAAACGAAAUUGUUUGAUAUCGUUGGAUUUGUAAAUAAGUAGUUAGGUUUUUCUUUAUAUGUAAAGUACAAAUAAAAAAAUGUAACUAACUCUGAA